CAUGGGGAUGCUAACUAGCUACCCGGGUUAUCGCGCGCCUGUACACUCCUUCCAUCGCUUUGCCGUUUAUCUGGUAACUACACGGAGAGCCAUGAGUUGGUUUAACGCUUCGCAUUUAUCCAGUUUUGCCAAGCAAGCGCUGACGAGCGCCCAGAAGUCCAUAGACAGGGUUUUGGACAUUAAAGAUGAAGAGCAGUGGGGCGAGAUAGCGGUUCCGACUUAUGAUGAUGUACCUGGGAAGACUUCACUGAGUGGUGGCUGGGGUGUAAGACAGUGGGACUCCCCCUCGCAGGAAUGCGCGCCAAGUGUCUCCCAGUCCACCGAGGCCAUCACGAAGCCCGUCACACGCACCGUUGUAGACGAAUCUGAAAGCUUCUUCAGUGCCUUCCUGUCCCAGGGGGACCUGCCUACUGCAAAUACCUCCAGCGUGGUGUCUGUGCCCCCAGCCAAGUCUCUCAGGCCCCAGGAGGAGGAGAAGGGACCUGUGCUUACGGAGAGAGCGAGUUCUCAAAAGACAGACUCUGUGGAGCCGGGUGCCCCAGUGCUCAAGGAAGUGGUGACUAGUGAACCAGUUCCCCCGGAACCGUCAAAGCCUGUGUCCGUCACAGACAUUGUCUCAAUAAAUGCGUUUCGGAGCACUUUGCUCCGUGCUGCUCUGACAAGCCCUAAGGACUCGGUCGCUGUGGACGGUGACGGCGGCUUUAGUUAGCACCAGUUCUGUGUCAGAAACGUCAGUGGUAGACAAGCCCCCCCCUCCCCGCCUGUGGCUCAAGCCGUAGACAGUCCAGAUGGCGCGGGGUCUCCUGGGCCCCUGGCAUGUGAAGGCUUCGAAGUCACGACCCCGGUCCCGCCAGAGGACGUCCCACUGGACUCCAAAGACCCCAAACCGGAGGACAGGCAGAGCAACACACCGUCGCCCCCGGUGAGCACCUUCUCGUCGGGGACGUCUACCACAAGCGACAUCGAAGUGCUGGACCACGAAAGCGUGCUAAGCGAGAGCUCAGCUGGCUGGCAGGGGCCCGAGGCCAAGGCCGGCCUGCACUUGAUGCAGAGCUCCUUCCAGCUGCUGUCCCCCUCCGCCUGCCCCGACUUCCAACGCCUGGAGGAGUUCCAAAAGCUGACGGAGAGCUGCGGCUCGUCGGACGCCUUCGAGCGCAUAGACUCCUUCAGCGUGCAGUCUGAUAGCCGCAGCGUGAGCGAGAUCAAUUCCGACGACGAGCUCCCGGGGCGGGCGUGUACUCUGGCUUCCGUCACCACCAGCCCCAGCACCCCGACCGCACUGGUGCCCAGCGCCGGGCCAGAAGAUCAAGAGGAGGAGCAGGGUGAGGGACGGGCUGACGGCGCCGCACGGGAGCACACGCUGGACGAGAACGAGAUGGAGGAGAGCGGCAGAAGUGCUACGCCCGUGAACUGUGAGCAGCCUGAGGAGAUUCUGGGCCGCGAGGAUGCCAGUGUGGGUUGCAGGACUGCCGGAGAUCUGGACAGGAUGACGGAGCCGGCAGGCGUGGGGGAAGCCAGGGAGAGCUCAGGCUAUCGGAUUACAGAGCUUCAGAAGAUUAUUGAUGAGCUGACAAGCCGUCUUGAGCUGAGAGAGUCACAGCUCUUGGGUCUCAGCAAAGAUAAAGCUCGACUAGAGGAGGAGUUUGACAACCUCAAAGAUGAGAUGGUCAAUCUGAAGGAGGAGAACACUAACAUUCACUCACUGCGGGAGGAAUUCACCCAGCGCCUCGCUGACUCCGAGAAGAAGGCCCAGCUGGCCUGUAAGGAGCGGGACUCCACCAUGAAGGAAAUGAAGGGGAUGCGGGAGGAGCUGUCGACGCGGCUCCGGUCUAACGAGACGCUGGAACUAAUCCGAGAGAAAGAGGAGCAGAUCCGGGGUCUGCUGGAGGAAGGCGAGAAGCUGUCCAAGCAGCACCUACAGCAUUCCAACAUCAUCAAGAAGCUUCGGGGAAAAGAGAAGGAGAGCGACAGCCAGAUGGCCAAACAGGCCAAGAGGAUCAAGGAGCUGGAGGAGGAGCUGAAACACCUGCAGCAGGUUCUGGACGGCAAGGAGGAGGUAGAGAAGCAGCACCGCGAGAACAUCAAGAAGCUAAAUGGGAUGGUGGAGAUGCAGGAGAGGGAGCUGGGCAGGCUGCAGAGUGACACCGACGAGCUGUGGGAGAAGAACCGCAGUCUGCAGGCCGCCCUGGACAGCGCCUACAAGGAACUGGCCGAGAUGCACAAGGCCAACGCCACCAAGGACAGCGAGGCGCAGGAGGCGGCGCUCAGCCGGGAGGUGGAGGCGAAGGAGAGGCUCAGCAUGGCGCUGGAGAAGGUGCAGGAGGAGUCACGCCUUCAGCAGGAGGCGCUGGCUAACCAGGUGGCAGACCUGCGGCUGGCGCUCCAGCGAGCAGAGCAGCAGCAGGCCAGGAAGGAGGACUACCUGCGGGAGGAGAUUGGGGAGCUGCAGCAGAGGCUUCAGGCGGCAGAGACACGGAACCAGGAGCUGAGUCAGAGUGUCACCUCGGCGACACGACCACUGCUCAGGCAGAUCGAGAACCUGCAGGCCUCGCUAGGGGGCCAGACGGCGUCCUGGGAGAAGUUGGAGAAGAACAUCUCUGACCGACUCGCUGAUGCUCAGGCCCAGCUCGCUGUUGCCGUGGAGAGGGAACGUUCGGGCGCCGAGGAGCUGCUUGCGGUCAAAUCCCAGCUGGCCUCGCUGGAGUCCCAGAAUUCCCUGCUGCGGCAGGAGAAGGGCCGCCUCCAGGGCCAGCUGGACGUGGAGAAGGCCCGGAGGGAGCAGAUGGAGGACGACAGCAGCAGGGAACGUGUGGAGCUGGAGAACCUGAGGGGGGAACAUGUGCGGGCACUUGAGGAGGCCCGGAAGGAGAAGCUGCUCCUCACCAAUCAGCUGGAGAUGGAGAAAAUGAAGGUGGAGCAGGAGAAGAAGAAAUGCUACCUGGCCCAGGAAGCCCUCAGAGAAAGGGAGAGGAAAGCCCUGGUGCUCUCUGUGACUGAGGCCCCCACCCCCUCCACGCCCACCCUGUCUCGCUCCAGCUCCAUCAGCGGGGGCGACACCAGUGGCCUACAGACUUCUGUAUUUUCUCAGGACGACUCCCUCGAUCACCCAUUUGGCGCGAUGCACACAUCGGCGAGUGCGAGUAACCUGUACGAGGCGGCGCGCCUUGGCGGCGGUUCCAGCAUCAUCGAGAACCUGCAGUCGCAGCUGAAGCUCCGGGAGGGGGAAAUCGUCCAGCUGCAGCUCGAGAUCUCCACCUUGGAGAAGACCCGCUCCAUAAUGGCAGAGGAGCUGGUCAAGCUGACCAAUCAGUAUGACGAGAUGGAGGAGAAGGUGAAGGAGAUCCCCCGACUGCGGGUGCAGCUGAAGGAGCUGGAACAGAGACACAACACCAUCCUGCAGAUGUACGGUGAGAAGGCAGAGGAGGCGGAGGAGCUGCGGCUGGACCUGGACGACGUGAAGAACAUGUACAAAACCCAAAUUGACGAACUGCUGAGGAACCAGAAGUAGAGUCUGGGCUUCAGCGAGAUAGAUGGAAUAAAGAAUGACUUGGGCGUGUGCUUUCAGCGGGCUGGGCCGAGCUGCUUUCCUCCCAUUACCACCAUCUUCAUCGUCAUCAUUCAUUGGCUGACAGGCUCUUUCAUUCUAGUGUGAUUCCCUUUACACAAUGACAAUGUGAUCCUGAGCUCAUCUGCCUCGAGACGUUCCUGCUUCUAUCAGAAUGUGAAUGAAUUGCCUGUGCGAAAAUUAUAAGUUAGGGUAUUUCUGAGACUGUAAGGAACGCUUCUGACAGAAUUUACUCCUUAAAGAAGGAGUGUUAUGAAGAAGAUCGAUCUUUGGAUGGUUUGUAGACGCCCCUGUGGUACUCUCCGAGUCUGUGAGGCUCUUUGAUGAAUGUUCCGUGGCAAACUAUCUGACUGUAAGCAGGACCACCUGAGCCUGCAGGAGUUAAAGCAGGUUCUCCCACUGCUGUGCUGGGGCGUGUUUCCUUACUCUGGCUUCUGGCAGCAUGGCAGAACGCCUGCUCAUCCCAGCCGCUUAAACUUUGGCUCCUUCCCCAGCUUUCCCCCGUACGUCGGACACAAGAAUGGGUAUCGUCCCCCCCCCACUACAAGAGCUUCUCUGAUCCGACCGCAGGUUCUUUUACACUGUAGGAGGGUGUGAUCUUUACGGUUUGCACUAAGUCAUGUUAAGUCAAGUUUAAUGGCUCUUAAGUUAUACACAAUCUACUGAAAAAAUAAAGCAAAAAGCUACAGAGUAUUUGGGCCUCUACUGUAUGUUCUAGAUAUUAAGAUGUUAUUCUGUGAUUGACUUUAUGGUGUGGAAUCACGUAGCACAUUUUGGCAGGGGAUACUGCAAAUGUAUAGAUUCUUGGUUUUUCAGAUAGUUAUCAGUUGUAAAUUAAUGUAUAUAUCAAAUGUGAUUAAAUAAGACAAAAUAAAAUAUUACUACACCGAA